UUCCGGAAUAUCCCAAACGAACGCGCCCUUAGUUUCAAAAUACAUUUUCUCACAAAUUGUAAAGUUAUUCAAAAACAUACUCAUGAAGGUUAUUUGUGCAGGAAUGCCAAAAACUGGUACAAAAUCAAUCAGCAAAGCUCUGCGCCAUCUUGGAUUUACGGUGUUUGAUUGGGAAGAGCAAAUCUUGGACUUUCUGGAUCACUGGGUUGCUGUUUUCCAAAACGGCGUCAAUCCAGAUGUAAAACGAGUUUACCAGAAUGCUGAUGCCGUCCUAGGUCAUCCGGGAAGCUUUUUCUACGAAGAAAUACUGGAAGCUUUUCCUGACUGUAAGGUGAUUUUAAGUGUAAGAGAUGAAGAUUCGUGGUUGAAGAGCGCUGUGAAUCAAAUAGAAACCACACUUGCUCUGAGACCCCAAAAUUUCAUGGCCAUGUUAUCGCUAACAGCAAGAGAUAUAAAUUAUAUCUUGGACUGCUACAUUGAUGCCUCCUUCGGCUCUCGUAAUUCCAAAUCCACCUGUGUUUUCAGAAAACGGUAUCGUAUCCACAAUCACCGUGUAAAGUCCAUUGUUCCCGCUGACAAGCUCUUGGUGUAUAGCGUAGAACGAGGAUGGAAACCAUUGUGUGAAUUCUUGGGGUGCGAAGUUCCCACGAUUCCCUUUCCACAGGAAAAUGUCAGAGCCGAAAUAUCUUACAGGCCGCUGGAAAUGAGUAGAUCAGGCCGACAGAUGAAACAAGAAAUUCAGAGAGGUUUUAUGGUGAUCUGUUUUGUUCUGGUGAUCAUGGUAGCUUCGUACUUGGUCACUUUUUAAGAUUGGUAAAACACUAACACUAACUUUUAUGGCAUUUAUCGUCAGUGUGCAAUCUUUGUUCUUCGGGAGUGGGGUGCGGGGAUGGUAAAGCACCUCGCAAUUCUAUGUAAGUUGCAUUACUAUCUUUCGACGGGAUUAGCUGUGCUGUGCAGGGCUUUUCACUCGAACAAAGAGCGAUUUUGAGUGGUUAACCCAGGCCCAGUUGUAAACUCUCCGAGCUUGUUGGUUAGAAUUCAUUGCGAUCGUUCAACUGAAUAACGAGGCCGUAAUAAAACUCUAGUUUGUCAAAAUUGACUAAAUCGGGGAGAAAAUUUAUUUUAGUGUUCUCUGGCUUUGAAAGGCAACGAAUUAAAAUUAAUUUCAUAUUGGUUUCUACCGCAAAUAUGUAAUAUUUUCUAAUUAUGUCUUCAUUAAUAGAAAGGCUUACCUAAGCAAAUUAGUCAGUAAUGUUAUAUUAUUAAAUGUGGUUUCGGCAAUUCUUUGGUGAUAAAAAUGGAAUUAAAAUACUUUACGACCACAAUAAGUUGUAACGUUUCUAUGUUUUGAACGAAAGAAGCCUUUGUUUUCAACUGUAUAGCGUAUUACCUUGUGCUGAAUAGAGGUUGUAAUCUUUCAUUGACUGAGACUUUCACAAUCGCUUAACGCUGUUCCUCUGAUCUGUUUCUCCAAACUUCAGUAACUUGUUUUAUGGUGACCAGGAUUCAGUUAUUUGUUUGCUUUCACAACGGUUAAGAAUAGUUUUGUCAAAUCGCGAAAACCAAUGGAUUUUGAUACACAAGUGUAAUAUUAACAAAAGUUAUUUCAAUUUGAUUCGAACAAUUGUCAUUUGUUCUACAGCUCAUUUCGAAAUCGUGCUACUUCUGAUAUUGUAGAAGUUACAAAAUUCUUCUUAACAUGGAGCUUUUAUAUGUACACAUUUGAAAAGUGUAUCAAACUGAACGUUUCUAACGAGAUUCUAGAAAAAUACUUGCAUUAAACCUCAGGGAUUUAUUUAGGUGCGGUGGUCAGAUUGAAUUUCUUAAGUAAUAUUCAUUUAAGAACGCUAAAAGACAUUUAUUUUUUAUUUUUUACAUCAAAAACCGUUAUCCGUGAAGUGGAAAUAGCUCGGGUUCUUUUAGUCAGACUUCUUAAAACCGAUUUCAAUCACUUUUUCGUGUUUUUUGUUAUAGACCGUGCAAUAAAUAUGUCACCCUUUGUUGACUAUACACGUAAUAUGCAUUUUUGUGUUCUAAUGAACUAUUUUAACUGUAAAACGUUACAUUAUUCAAAUAAAAUAAAUGUUAAGACAAUGAUUACUUGAAAAAUGAAAUCCUGACUUGAACAGGAAUAAAUUUGAACAACUCGCUUUCGAUAUCAGUCAAAAUGGACGGUCGAUAGGAGUAGCGUCAAUGUUUUCAUUGUUUAUAGACCUACUAAAAUUUAAAAAAAGUAAAUAAAUCUCGUAAGGUAAAAGUAACAAAUCUUAAUUCGCAACUAAGAUUUUUUUCUGGAUUUUAAAAUAAAGUGCACUUUUAAAAUGUCUACGAUAAUGACUGUUCUUCGCAAUUAAAAAUGAUAAUUGACUUAUUUACUCGUUCCUUCUGUGAAAACUUGACAGUGAAUAUAACAGCAUUGAACCAAACUGAUAGCCUACUACAGUCAAAUCUUCGUUGAUGAAAAUUUCCAUUUGCUUCCAAAGUUGCGCUUCAUGAAAAAAAUUAAAAAUUUCUAUAACCAAUAUAAAAGGUGUCAAACCCAAAAGAUUGUUGUUAUCGAGUGAAAAUCUGUCACUGUUUCUUUUUUCAGUACGUUUUCCCACAACAAAUGAAAAACUAUGUGCAAUUUUAGGAAUACGCCAAUUUCAAGGCAUGUUAAGUCUACACUUACCUUCAACUUCGUCGAUCGUUCUUCACUGAGGAAAAGCGACUCCCUUUUUAAUACCUUCGUGGUUUUAAUCAUUCAUAUUGUGUCCAUGCAAGCAGAUGUAAAGGCGAGAUAUCAUUUUGUUAUUUCUCUACCGCUGACAAUGUUUUGAUGAGCCGCUGCCGUUGUUUUGACGAUUUCAAAACCGUGGAAAGCUGAUAGAAAUCCUCUCGAUAACACUGAGUGGUUUUCCCUCUUCCCUGAUUGAACGGCAAAAUUUAGUCCGUUAAUAAGUUUAAUUAUCAAGAUUUCAAUACGAAACACUUUUAAUGCAUGUACAGCGGAUUCAUAUUCUUAUUUUUAAGGUGAAAUUAUCGACGUGUGUGAAUUAAAUAAGACAUUUCAUUUGAAAUUUGCGAAAAUUCCGUCGCGAAAGUCGAGGCUUUUUUUGCAAGUUUUUCCCUUUAUCGAAAAAUGUUUCGUUCAGAUGCAACACUUUCGCUUUGUGUCGUUUUUUACUUCAACUAUAUUGCUUGAUGUUUGCCUCAUGAAUUUUGUUUAAAUAGCGUUGUCUGACUGAUAACAAUAUUACUUACUUCACAGUUUAAACAUGUAUGGUAGAAAUUGGAUUUGUUUUUAAAAUAACUAUUCGUUGAUAUGUUAUUGUUUUCAUCAAGGUAUAUGCAGUCUGUUUAUUAACUGAAGGAAAACAUAUUUUAUGGUCGCCGUGAAGAAUGCCCUCAGUUUUUUCAUUGUAUGAUGUUUGCAUUAUUUAACUUGACGUCAGUAAGCUAUUUAAGGCAGCUGGAGUAAUUUUAAAUAACAAUAAUUUACAUAGUUUACUUUAUUCCGGUGGGACAUCACUUAAACGUAUGCUUUACGAGGAUUUUAGCCUGUCUUAUUUCAAGUUAAGGUUACGAAUUCGUCUGCUUUUAAAAUCGAUUUUUGGUUUAUGAGUGAUAUGAGGUGCCUCUGUAUAGUUAACAAAUUGACGUCAGUUUUUUAUACGUCUGUUUUUCUUAUUGAUGAUAA